CUGUAAUCUUUAUUACAAUCUGUCAUGCAAAGUAUUCAUUUCCUGUACGUUCCUCAACAUUGAACCGAAGGGGAAAGUGAUUCCGGAGGACUGACCGUGUUAUCGAUCGACAACAAAGUUUAGGGGUGCGGCAAAAUAUACGAAAUGAAAGUGAAAAUAUCCGCGCUUUUCGCUUCGAAACAUGCUUCUGCGUUAAAGUAUCGCAUUUACAUCUACCUUUCGAAUUUUUCUUUUUUUUCUUUUGUUCGUCGACUGAACGUAACACAAGAAACCUGAGCUGGUGAUCGGUGAAGGAAAGCAGCGUUUCUUUGGUGAAAAUAAAACGCGCGACUCGAUGGCUAUUCUUGGGUGUCGGAAAGCGGAGGAGGUUGUUCGCAAAAUGUAGGCCGCGCCUCGAAAUGUUAGCCUUGGCCCUCUUUUUCCUCCUGGAGUUACUUUCCAUGGAAUAUGUAUACUCGUUGCAACGUGCUAUCUUCUUUUUUUAUUAUAAAACAAAUAUUUUAUCAAGCAGAGGGAACUUUGAAUCACUCCUAAAUCAUAAGAAUCGGCAACGAAGGGAAUGACAAUGUCGCAUUCGGUAACCAUCAGAACACAAACGGUGACGAGUAGCUCCACGUCGGUCAUCAUCAACACUGGUUAUUUGAAAACGUGGGGCGGUCUUUUCAAGUUAUUGCACGUGGCACUGGGAAUAGUUUGCGUGGCAAUAAUUGGCCAUCGAUUCACCACGCAUGGUGGAUACCAAUAUACCGCUGAAUUAUUCUUUCUUUUAAUAACGACGACGUUUAUGAUCUCUAGUUUUAUCCUACUGGUAAGCUGUUUAGCUUCACUCUCGACGUCGUCUAUCAUCUCAAAAACCAUCUUCGAACUUCUCUAUCAUUCUAUAGCAUUUGGAUUAUAUUUAGCUGCAUCGUUAACUUUUAUAGUGCAUGUAUCGAAUAUGAAAGGCUACAGCCAAUACGAAGUGUUAAUGGCUGCUGCGAUCUGCGGUUUGGUAAACUCUGCAUUGUAUCUCCUAAGCACUAUCGUUGCUCUCCGUACAUACAGAGGAAUUUGAGAACAUUAUUGUGCCUUUUACUGAAAAUCUUUUCAAUAUUUUCAAUAUUGUCAUAAUCGUCUUCGAAUCGUACGUAUUGUUUCAAGUUUCGGACAUCGAGUCGAAUCUAACUCAUGGUUUUGUACCAAACCUUUUCGAAGAAUAUUUAUUGUAAUUUGUAUAUUUUGUAAUACUGACACAAGCACAAACGCAACAAACAAUUUACGCUUACUCGAAUGGUUAAGUACGUUUUAUAAAUACCAUGUGUGAUUUAAUAUUUUAUAUUGUCUAUUGAUAUUUUAUACGGUUCCUCCAUUUAUACGCAUUUAUUCACAGAAAUCGUCUUUGAAAUGUAUUUAUUUUACUUGUAUCUAACGUUUAUGUAAGAAAAAUAUACCAAGAAAGAGUAUACGUA